CUGAACAAAAUUCAUACAUCUUAUGUCUCCUUGGAAGUUCAAGUUCCAGUGCAAACGCCAAGUUGAGAUUUCAGAAUGACGGUGAAGUCUCCCUCGUAUCUUCCGGCUCGCCUCGCUCUCUUCGCCCUUCUCUCCGCCUCCACCUUUUAUUGCUUCUGGAAGUCCCGACGUCUCCGCCGCCAAAGAGUUUCCUCCUCCCAGAGCCCCACCACCCUUCAUCCUGACCCUUCCAGAGGCAAGAUCUUUUUUGUCUCUCAGACUGGGACCUCUAAAGCCCUAGCCCGUCGUCUCUUCGAUCUUCUCACUUCAAAUAACAUCCCAUUCGACCUUGUCGAUCCUAAAAAUUACGAGCCUGAAGAUCUCCCUAAAGAAACUGUUGUUCUGCUCAUUGCUUCGACUUGGGAAGAUGGGAAACCCCCUUCCCACGCCAGCUUCUUCUCCAAUUGGCUCGCUGAGAGUGCUGAAGAUUUCAGGGUCGGAUCUUUACUCCUCUCAAGCUGUAGGUUUGCGGUUUUCGGUGUUGGGAGCCGAUCGUACGGUGAGACUUUCAAUGCUGUUGCAAAGGAUUUCUCGAAGCAGAUGAAGGCGCUUGGAGCUUCAGAGCUCUUGCCCGUGGGUGAAGGCGAUGUUGACGAAAGAGACUUGGAUGCCGUUUUUGAUGUUUGGUAUCGGAAGUUGGUUGGAUUGUUGAAAGGGGAUUCUAAGGAAAAUGGAGGACUUAAUGGCUCUAGAUUUACCAAUGAGAGUGAGUCUGAAAGCGCCGACGAAGUGGACGAGGACUUCAAUGAAGAGAAUGAACCAGAUACUGUUAUUGUUGAUCUGGAGGAUAUUGCUGGUAAAGCUCCUUCUAGGAAAUCAUCUGCAGUGCCUGUGACUAAUGGGGUGGUGAAUGGUGAAAAAGACAUGGUGACUCCUGUGCUUAGAGCGAACCUAGAGAAGCAGGGAUAUAAAAUUAUUGGUUCACAUAGUGGUGUGAAACUUUGUAGAUGGACCAAGUCACAGCUUCGUGGCCGUGGUGGUUGCUACAAACACUCAUUUUAUGGCAUAGAGAGCCAUAGAUGCAUGGAGGCUACCCCCAGUUUGGCAUGUGCCAAUAAGUGUGUUUUCUGUUGGAGACACCACACAAAUCCUGUUGGAAAGAGCUGGAAGUGGAAAAUGGAUCCUCCUUUAGAGAUUGUAAAUGCUGCCAUAGAACAACACACAAAAAUGAUAAAGCAGAUGAAAGGAGUUCCUGGAGUAAAGCUGGAGCGUCUGUCAGAAGGUCUCUCUCCCAGGCAUUGUGCCUUGUCACUUGUUGGUGAACCAAUAAUGUAUCCAGAGAUUAACUCUCUUGUGGAUGAGCUACACCGAAGGCGGAUAUCUACUUUUCUUGUUACAAAUGCACAAUUCCCCGAAAAAAUUAGAUUGCUGAAGCCUAUUACCCAGCUAUAUGUGAGCGUAGAUGCAGCAACAAAGGAUAGCUUGAAGGCAAUUGAUAGGCCACUCUUUGGGGACUUCUGGGAGCGUUUCAUUGAUUCACUGAAAGCUCUUCAAGAGAAAGACCAGAGAACGGUUUACCGUUUGACUUUGGUUAAAGGCUGGAAUAUCGAAGAUAUAGAUGCUUACUCUGACUUAUUCGGCAUUGGGAAGCCAGAUUUCAUUGAAAUUAAGGGUGUUACCUACUGUGGCUCGUCUGCAACUUCUAAGUUGACAAUGGAGAAUGUUCCCUGGCAUUCUGAUGUUAAAGCCUUUUCGGAGGCAUUAGCUCUGAAAAGUAACGGGGAGUAUGAGGUUGCUUGUGAGCAUGUUCACUCUUGCUGUGUCCUCUUAGCAAAGGUUGAGAAGUUUAAGAUCAAUGGGAAAUGGUUCACUUGGAUAGAUUAUGAAAAAUUUCAUGACCUGGUGGCUUCUGGAAAGCCAUUUAGCAGCAAGGACUACAUUGCCGCCACUCCAUCCUGGACUGUCUAUGGUGCAGAGGAAGGCGGUUUUGAUCCGGAUCAAUCUCGUUAUAAGAAAGAGCGACACCAUAAAACGAACAGGUGACAGGUGACAAUUUGGACGGAAUUAUUACUAACACUGGCUGCUAUUUUGUUCCUUCAUUAUUCUAGGUUUUGUAUAGUUGUAUUGAACAAUAUGGGAAAGGUUCCGAAACUCUAACUUUACCUUGUUGAGAGGGCUCAAAUCCUAGUCGAUGGGAAACUUAAUUUUUGUAGUCUAUAUUUUAAUUAAUAGUUAUUUUUCACAUUAUUAUAAAUU